AUGGCGUCGUUGAAAGAGUCCCUCGCUGGGCCGGGAUACGUGAUUCUCAACGCUGUGCGGGUCAUGAACAUCAUCGUCUUUCUCGAUAUCAUCGCGGCCCAUGUGGUUAUGCUAGUCAAAAUCAACCUCUUGACCAGCUUCUUCUUCUUUGAAGCUGUUGCGCACGCUAUAGCAAUUGGCGUUUCUAGCACAGUCUUUCUCCUAGUCUCAGAGCUCCCGUUUUUCCGCAGUUACUUUGACCGCCACUGGCCAUCCCUGGGCGAAGACUCCGGUUUUCUCUCGUUAGCCUUCGCAAUGCUGAUACUGGGGAUUGGAGCAUUGGGGGACCUAAAUACACCGGCAACGAGCCAGGAGGAAUUGGGCCUCACAUUCUGGCGGAUCGUCAUCUCGGCUGGGAUCCUAGCCCUCGUUGUCAGCGUGCUCAAUGUGGCUGCGAACUUCGCCUUUGCAGACCGCGAUAUCGGCGUCAGCGCACGCCACGUCCGCGUCUACGGAGCCGUCGCGCCGCAGAAAGUUGCCUCUCGCACAGGCAGCCAGCGCUCAUUCCAGCUCAGCUACAAGCGUGAAGAGACGCUGCCUUCGUACAACUCGUCAAGUCCUGUCCGACGCGUCUCAACGGCGAGCAUUUCCCGGUUCCCCGUCAAAAUCUCUCCGCCGCUGAAUCCGAUGCCGAUGCCUAUGUCGGUGCCUACAAAUUCGAACUACGCCCCGUCGUCUAAGUACUCGCGGGACUCGUCCGGUGUCACUAUUCCGGAUCUUGCGCAUCAUCCAGCCAUGCAACAGUCUGCUCAUGUUUGA